AUUGUGUUGGCGUUCCUGCUGAUAGGCGUGUCAUCCCGUUUCCUGUCAUUCUUGUCAAAAUGUUGUAUUUAUGAAAAAUACCCUGUAACGCAAAACUCGCGUAAUAAUGUUUUGAAUCUCAAGUGCGCACAAAAUGCCCGCAAUGAAGGACUCGUACAUCGUAAAAAUCGCGGUCGAAAUGACCGACCAAGUGCCACAACUCAUCGAAUUCAAUCAGAAGCAGCCCCUCGCCGGCAUAAUCCAAGAACUGUGCAACGGAUGGAAUCUCAGCGACCCCGAACAGUACGCCCUUCAAUUCAACGAUAACAACAACCGUAACUACAUAACGGAGAAGAAUCGCAACGAAAUUAAGAACGGUUCGGUGCUCCGUCUCCAAUACUCACCUUCGAAGACAGCUCAGGACAUUCUCCACAAACUGCACAACGGAAAUGCCGAAGAGAAAGCACACGCAAUGCACCGUCUCUCAAACCUAAGCGCCGACAUGACGUUCGCUUUGGAUUUCAUCAACAAGCAAGGACUUACUUUAAUAAUUAAGCAAAUCGAGACGGGUAAGUUCAAGGGGGCUGUUCUGGCCCACACUUUACUCUCCUUCGUCGAACUGAUGGAACACGGGAUCGUGUCGUGGGACAUCCUCAACGGGGAUUUUAUAACUCGCGUUGCGAGUUUUGUUAACUCGCCCCAGGAAGCCGAAGUCACUCAAGCCGCUCUCUCAAUCUUGGAAAACGUCGUUUUGAAUAGUACUGAAGGCUACGGCCAGGUGGAACGUGAGAUACCUAUUGGUUCGCUGGUGGGGCACCUCCAGGCCACACCGGUCGUCCAACAAAACGCUAUAGCUUUAAUCAACGCGUUACUUCUACGGGCUGAUUCAGUCAAACGCAGGUCUUUGGCAGCCACUCUCACAACGAAGCAGGUGCGGAGCAUGAUUCAGAAUCAUAUUUUACAAACGGGGGCUGCCUUAGGGGCUGAGAUGGCCCACCAGUUGUACGUUCUACAGACUUUGAUGUUGGGGCUGCUUGAACAGAGGAUGGUCACGAAGAUGGAUCCGCAAGAUCAGGAUGGCCAUGAUAAGAUCAAGGAGCUGCGAAGGAUUGCCUUUGAUAGUGAAGGGGCGGGGGGUGGGCGAGGGCCGGGUGGUUUCACACGGGACUACAAAAAAUUGGGCUUCAAAAAUGAUAUUAAUCCGGCGCUGGAUUUCACCGAGACGCCCCCUGGGUUAUUGGCUUUGGAUUGUAUGAUUUAUUUCGCACGGAACCACCCCGAUAGUUACACUAAACUUGUCUUGGAGAACAGUUGUAGGGCUGAUGAGCACGAGUGCCCCUUUGGGAGGGCUAGUGUUGAGUUGGUCCGGAUUUUAUGCGAGUUGCUUAAAAUCGGGGACGCUCCUUCGGAGCAGGGAGCCUCCUUCCAGCCGUUGUUUUUCACUCAUGAUAACCCCUUUGAGGAGUGUUUCUGCAUCUGUAUUGUUUUGUUGAACAAGACUUGGAAGGAGAUGAGGGCAACUUCGGAGGAUUUCGGCAAAGUUGCGAGUGUUGUAAGGGAGCAGAUUGUGAGGGCUUUGGGAGUACCACCGCCCUCGUCGUUGGAACAGCUGAAAGUGAAACUCCAAACUUUGACAUACAGUGAUAUAACACAAUUGUGGCAAUUGGAGCGGACUUCGAGGGAGGAGUGGGAAUCCCACGCGAGACCUAUCGUUGAAUUACGCGAACAAAUCACUCCAGAUAUUCUCAACUUGAUAAAACAGCAACGUCUCGCGUUUCUCGUUGAUGGGACAAGGUUUACAAAAUACUCAGCUCGGGGGCAAAGGAUCAAGGAUAAGUUUUGGUACAUCCGGCUGAGCCCCAAUCAUAAAGUCCUCCAUUACGGGGAUUGCGACGAGAAGAGUACGCCUACCACUGAGGAGCUUCCGUCCAAGUUAGCCGUGGCUGAUAUUAGGGCUCUCUUGGUCGGGAAAGAGUGUCCACAUAUGAAGGCGAGGAAAGCCUCGCAUCAGUUGGCGUUUUCUCUGGCUUUGGAAAGUGUCGAUUUGCAGUCACUGGAUUGUGUGGCGCCCGAUGAAGAGACGUUUGCGUAUUGGACGGAUGGGAUUAAUGCGUUGUUGGGACAGAGGAUGACGAGUAAGGAGACGGAUCGGGAUUUGGACACGUUGCUCUCAAUGGAGAUUAAGUUGAGGUUGUUGGAUGCGGAAGGUGUGACGAUUCCGCAGGAUCCACCGCCAAUUCCACCGGAUCCGGUGCAUUACCACUUUUGUUAUGAUCUGAAGUAGGGAUCUGAGAAUGGCAUGAACAAGACUAAUUAUACCAAAAAUCGAGAUAUUUAUUAGUAUUAUGAAUAAUUAUGAUGUAACUACUUUUUAGAGGUGCAUGUAAGAGAAAGAAGUAUAUGUAUUUUGCAUGAAAUAAAGACUUUUAUAAUAAGAUCAAA